AUGGGAGAGAUCAGCGAGCACCGGUGCACCGUCUCUCGAAAGGAUCGUUUCCUUUUGUACGCCUCCUGUGCAGCAACGUUGAUACUGGUUGCAGCUACUUUCUGCUUGUUUGCUCUAUACCAAGUCAGACUUGACCAACUCGAGGCUCACAUCAAUGACAUGCAAGAUAAACGAGCAAAGAUCAACUCUGUAGGAAAGAAUGCCGACGGUCACGGCAUUGACAUGCUACAUCGUUACGUUAGAGAAGCUCUCAGUGGCAAAGUCGACAAUAAGGGAAGCACUGACAUGGACAAACUCGUAGAAGAGAUGAUCAACAUGCAGCUGCGAUCACUGCGAGCUCACUGUUUAGCAAAUGAAAGAGUCUGCAUUCAAGGUCCCAAAGGAAGCGUGGGAGCAAAAGGUGACAAUGGUAAACGGGGACCACAAGGCCAAAAGGGAAAAGAGGGAUUCGUUGGACUGCAAGGCGAGAAAGGUGAAAAAGGUGACGUGGGACCGCGUGGAACAAGCAUUGACCCUCCUGUCAUCAGUCGUUCCCCAGUCAGCAUGACCGUAUUACAAAAAGGUUCAGCUGUCUUCAAAUGUGAGGCGCGUGGAACACCAAAUCCUACAAUCAGUUGGAGAAGACUGGAUAUCUCGCCGCUUCCUAAAUUGCGAGCUUCUGUAUUGCUCACCAAUGCACUAAAAAUCGUCGAUAUCCAACCAGAAGAUGCAGGAUCAUAUGUAUGUGAAGCUAAAAACGUGUUUGGCUUAGAGCAAGCAUACGCCACUCUUGCCGUUCAAGCCCCUCCAUCUUUUGUUAAAGUGUCUUCUGACGUUGUGUCCGUGUUUCCCGGAGACGAUGUCAAGUUGGACUGCUCGACAUCAGGAUAUCCCAUUCCAACGAUUACUUGGUCUCGAGUAGAUGAUUUGCCAAAGUCCAGCAAAAUAGAGAAGAACGGAACUCUCAUUCUUCGUAACGUGACGCAAUCGGAUGUAGGUCAAUACAUCUGUACAGCACAAAACGAUAUUGCAAAGAAGACUCACUCUCUUACUCUCAGAUUAGAUGUAGAAAACAUUCCUACUCUUCCUGGAGAAGCUGUUGUUAAUACGGACGCUCUACUCAAGUGUCACCUUUGUUCUAUCCGUGGAUAUUCAUUGACGUGGGAAAAGAUUGGCGGCAGUCUUCCAGCAGGAAGGACGACCCACAAAGGUUGCACUCUCAUUAUCAAAAACACGACACUGGAUGACAGCGGAAGAUACGCGUGCAUCGCAACCAAACAGACGGGAGAGAAACUCAGACACGAAGUACCGUUUACAGUUAUAGCUCCUCCUCGUAUCACCAGUCCCAUUUCUCCUAUCGUUGCUGUUCGAUCACAAGGAGAAUUAGAAUUGCGGUGUGCUGCUGUCGGCCCACCCUCACCGGACAUCUACUGGACUCGAGGCUCACAACGGUUGACAAGCAACAAAACAGGAUUCCUACAGAUUAAGAACAUGAGCCAAUUAUCAGUUGGCUUCUACCGCUGCCAUGCAGUCAACCGCUUAGGCCAAGACGUCAGAACAACACAAAUAGUAAUAUCUCAGUUGCAAUUUGUGGAACGUCCACCAUCGACUAUUUCUGUAAACGAUACAAGUAAAACGAUAGUCGUCAACUGCACGGCUACUGUGGCUUCUGAGUUACUCAUACACACUCAUUGGUCAAUUAAUCGUAAUGGAUUCAGAUGUGAUAAAAAAUCCGAAAAAUUCAAAUCAAUUUGGUUUUUUACGAAUGGAACGAUGGUUAUUCCCAAUGCAAACAGGUGCGCUGCAGGUGUGUACAACUGUAGCGCUCAACAUGACAAAGAGAUGAUUAGUACGUCAAUGCAGAUUAUAGAUACACUUACGGGUUGGAUGUUGACAAGUGACUCAUGUGGAGGAUUCAGACAAUCUACGUACGACAGAUCAGUUCGUUACGCAGUUUCAUUGUCUAACGUAUGGGAUAAAUCAAAAAUAUACGCUUGUCCAUUUGGAUAUCACUGGGCAUCUACUGAUGAAGGACGAAAAAUAUUUAAAAGUACCGAUAAUACGUCGGGUGUCUCCGUAUAUUACAGUAAGUGUAACUGGUCCGGUUAUGAGUGGAGAGGCAGAAACCGAUAUUACUUCAGGUUUCGUGAUUCGGCGUCAACCAAUGCUUACAAGCAUGCUGGUAACUACGAUGAGUAUCAAAAUGAGUGUGCCACUACCAGAACUUUUCAGCUUCGACCAGGAAGAGCGGAAGACACGUCCGAGGACGGAAUACGACAGCAGGAGACUGUCUUACAGCAAAGACAUUGCUAUUGUCAACAGAGUCUUAGUCCUUCAGCUCAUAAGCCUUUAGACUGGGCUUGA